CGAUGUGACAGGGUUCGGGAGACCUAGCGGAAACCUUCAGGUCACCCAGGGAACUGCUCCUCUCGCUCGUCCUGCGGCGGGGGGGGGACGGGGGGGGGUGAAAGCGCCGAGACGCGCGGGGCGCGGAGAUGUGCAAGUGGCGAAGCUUGACCGCGCGCAGGCGGGAGCAGCCGCCCAACUCCCGGCGCGGGAUCCGCUGAGAGGCCACGAUUUUAGGUGAUGGGCAAAUCAGAAAGUCAGAUGGAUAUAACUGAUAUCAACACUCCAAGGCCAAAGAAACAACGAUGGACCUCACUGGAGAUCAGUCUCUCCGUCCUUGUCCUGCUCCUUACCAUCAUCGCCGUGACGAUGAUCGCACUCUAUGCAACCUAUGAUGAUGGCAUUUGCAAGUCGUCAGACUGCAUAAAAUCAGCUGCUCGACUGAUCCAGAACAUGGAUGCCACUGCUGAGCCUUGUACAGACUUUUUUAAAUAUGCCUGUGGAGGCUGGUUGAAGCGCAACGUCAUUCCUGAGACCAGCUCCCGUUACAGUAACUUUGACAUUUUAAGAGAUGAACUAGAAGUCGUUUUGAAAGAUGUUCUUCAGGAACCCAAAACUGAAGAUAUAAUAGCAGUGCAGAAAGCAAAAACACUGUACAGAUCUUGUAUAAAUGAAUCCGCUAUUGAUAGCAGAGGCGGAAAACCUCUACUCAGUCUACUACCAGAUAUAUAUGAUUGGCCUGUAGCAACAGAAAACUGGGAGCUGACCUAUGGUCCUUCUUGGACAGCUGAGAAAUCUAUUGCACAGCUGAAUUCUAAAUUUGGGAAAAAAGUCAUUCUUAAUUUUUUUGUUGGCACUGAUGAUAAGAACUCUGUGAACCAUAUAAUUCAUAUUGAUCAGCCUCGACUUGGCCUCCCUUCCAGAGACUACUAUGAAUGCACUGGAAUAUACGAAGAGGCUUGUAUAGCAUACGUGGAUUUUAUGAUUUCUGUGGCCAGAUUGAUUCGUAAGGAGAAAGGACUGCCCAUCGAUGAAAACCAACUCUCUUUGGAAAUGAAGAGAGUUAUGGAAUUGGAAAAAGAAAUUGCCAAUGCUACAACUAAAUCUGAAGAUCGAAAUGAUCCAAUGCUUCUUUAUAACAAAAUGACAUUAGCCCAGCUCCAAAAUAACUUUUCACUAGAGAUCAAUGGGAAGCCAUUCAGCUGGUCAAAUUUCACAAAUGAAAUCAUGUCAACUGUGAAUAUUAAUAUUCCAAAUGAAGAAGAGGUGGUUGUUUAUGCUCCAGAAUAUUUAACCAAACUUAAGCUCACUCUUACCAAAUAUUCUGCCAGAGAUCUUCAAAAUUUAAUGUCCUGGCGAUUCAUAAUGGAUCUUGUAAGCAGCCUCAGCCGAACCUACAAGGAGUCCAGAAAUGCUUUCCGCAAGGCCCUUUAUGGCACAACAUCAGAGACAGCAACGUGGAGACGUUGUGCAAACUAUGUCAAUGGGAAUAUGGAAAAUGCUGUGGGAAGGCUGUACGUGGAAGCUGCAUUCGCUGGAGAGAGUAAACAUGUGGUUGAGGAUUUGAUUACACAGAUCCGAGAGGUUUUUAUCCAGACUUUAGAUGACCUCACUUGGAUGGAUGCUGAGACGAAAAAGAAAGCUGAGGAAAAGGCCUUAGCAAUUAAAGAAAGAAUUGGCUAUCCUGAUGACAUUAUUUCAAAUGACAACAAACUGAAUAAUGAAUACCUCGAGUUGAACUACAAGGAAGAUGAAUACUUUGAGAACAUAAUUCAAAACUUGAAGUUUGGCCAAAAUAAACAACUAAAGAAGCUCCGAGAAAAGGUGGACAAGGAUGAGUGGAUAAGUGGAGCAGCUGUAGUCAAUGCAUUUUAUUCUUCAGGCAGAAAUCAGAUAGUCUUCCCAGCUGGCAUCCUGCAGCCCCCCUUCUUCAGUGCUCAGCAGUCUAACUCAUUGAACUAUGGGGGUAUCGGCAUGGUCAUAGGACAUGAAAUCACCCAUGGCUUCGAUGACAAUGGCAGGAAUUUUAAUAAGGAUGGAGACCUUGUUGACUGGUGGACUCAACAGUCUGCAAAUAAUUUUAAAGACCAAUCCCAAUGCAUGGUGUACCAGUAUGGAAACUUCUCCUGGGACCUAGCUGGUGGACAACAUCUCAAUGGAAUUAAUACACUGGGAGAAAAUAUUGCUGAUAAUGGAGGCAUUGGCCAAGCAUACAGAGCCUAUCAAAAUUAUGUUAAAAAGAAUGGUGAAGAAAAACUACUUCCUGGACUUGACCUAAAUCACAAACAACUAUUCUUCUUGAACUUUGCCCAGGUGUGGUGUGGGACCUACAGGCCAGAGUAUGCUGUCAACUCCAUUAAAACAGAUGUUCACAGCCCAGGGAAUUUCAGAAUUAUUGGGACUUUGCAGAACUCCCCUGAGUUUUCAGAGGCCUAUCAUUGCCGCAAGAACUCAUACAUGAAUCCAGAAAAGAAAUGCCGAGUUUGGUGAUCUUCAGAAAAAGCGACGUAGCCUUUGGUUAGCCUUGCCAACACCAUGAAAAUGGGAAACUCUGUCCAAGAGAAAAUGGUUCACCGAAGUCACUGUAAUUACAUGGGGGUAGUUAACAGAGAUGAGAGAGCAUCAUUUAGAAAUGAAGUUAGGUUAUUCUGGAAAAGCUAUGGAGAGGAGGGGGUGGGGUCUGGUGUCUAUCAAAUCAAUCACUUCUCACUGUGUAAAUAACGCUUUAUGUCUAAAGAUAUUACCAUUCAUUUCUGUUUCUCAUACGAUCUGCCAGUUUGAUGUCACCUCUUGAAAACAGUGUUAACCACUUGAUGUAGACUGGGAUUUCUAAUCAAAGGGAGAAAGAAGAGAUUGGAGAAUACAGUUGGCUCCAAAAGCACAGCAGUGGCAUGACAGUUAAAACACACAUUGCCUAAUUACUUAUUUUUAUUUUUAUUUGUAACAUUUAUGCUCCUGCAAAAAUCUUCCAAAGAAUUCUUAUACAUGUUGGGGCCGUGGGACUUAAUGUAAUUUUAAACCAGUUUUGCCAAUCAUCAGUUAUUCAUCCUGAAAUCAUUGUAUUUUAAGCUACUCUUAGGGUGAAAAUGAAUGUCUGAAACUGUUUUUCAUUAUACCUGCUUUCACCGAUAUUGAAAUUCUCAAGGCUCCCUGCAAUUUUCUAAGCAAUUUCUUGUUCUCUCUCCCUCUCAAAACUUGAUCUUUUUAAGAGAUUUGUAGUAAUGUAUAAAUAAUAAUUUUUAUAUUUAAUUAUUACAUUUAUGACUAAGUAAUUAUUAUUAUAGGUAAUCACUGAAUAUCGAAGUUUCAGACAGGUAGUUCCGAACCAAGAUCUGUAAAGUGAUGUACAGAUAAAGAUUUGAGAUUUUUACACUUAUAAAUCAUAUUGAUAAAAAACUUUAAGCACAAACUAGGUGAAAAAUGGCCAUUGGACAGUUGUCUAAAGAUACAUAAGACCUGUGGUUUACAAUCAGGAUUUUCAGAAUAAAAUCUGUCCUUGAGGUGGCUCCGAUAAAAGGGCAUCUAUAUAGCUCUGAUUCUCUUUAUCUUUUCAGGUUUGUUUUCUGAUGGAAAUAUUUUGAUAAUAAAUUGAAAUUGUGAGCCCAUUA